GGGCAACCUCAGACAGUUCAACAAGUGAUAUGUGUAUGUGUGCAGAAUGGUAGUUGUCCGUGCAAAGACAAUUUCUCUUUGGCCAGGUAACCCUCAUACCCAGAUGACAUUGCUUCGCUAAUAGAUUGAAAGUGUUCUUUCCUGGAUGAGAUGCACGAACAGAGGCAGGAUCUGUUCUUGUAUUCGAGAAGAUUGCAGCCCCGGGCCAGGUGGCCAAGCUUGUACAUGUCAGGACCCUCGUUUAAACAGAGCCGAGUCAUGCAAAUGUUGCCCAGGCAGGAAGUCACUUAUAUUCUUAAGACUGAUUACCACCAUUGGAGUGAUUUUAUUGCUAAUGGGUUUAAUAUAUCUCUCGAUCAAUACGAAUGCGGUACUUAGAAACGACCAGGAUCAGGAUGUUCAGAAGAAUUCCUGGAUACCUAUCGUCUGUGGUAUCCUACUGAUCAUCUUCACCUUCGUUCUGCCCUUUACAGGGGUGAUUCUACGGGAACUGAACGUCAUCGAGCGACAAAGCUUAGCACCGCGCCUAGGUAUUAUCCUCGGGCUGAUAGCUUUCGCGAUGGUAUGGAUCUACUAUGAUAAUGUGGCGGUUCAUCGUCGCACAGCUUGGAAGUUCGAGGUGGAUGUGACACAUCCAGACACCUUACCGGCGCCAGCAUUUGUAGUUGCUAUAGGUUAUGGCGACGCAGCAUUUGCCCAGUUCCGCAGGACACCCCACAGCGGUGUACUUACGAAGUGCUUUUGGCCAGAAUAUGAUAAGAGCUGCCCCACGAACUUUUCCGAUGCUAUAAAGUCAUUCAAUUCAAGUACAUAUGGCCAAUUAUGGUAUUUGUUGUAUCAGCCCAAUUCGACUGGGGAGGAAUAUAGCAACUUGUCACAAAAGCAUAUAUUUCAGAUUUUCACAAGCUGGGAUUCCGCUUCGAUUAAAUACCAUUACAACACAAUAGCACCGCAGCUUCCCUAUUACUAUUAUUCUAUCUUCGACUCUAAUCUAAACUUCGAGAAGGGCCUCGAAUGUGGUCUCAUCACGUUGAGGGAGAUGCCAGCCAUUGGCUCCAACUCCUUCGCCAUUACUGCUUCAUUUUACGAUGAUGCACUGAAUGUCCUUCAUGUAAACAGCAGUAAUAGUGACUGUGCAGAACUUGGUCGCCAGGUUUACCAGUUUGAAACUUUGUUAUCAUCAACUGGUGGCUAUAACUAUACCGCUUGUGAUGCGAACGAAAAAGAAGCAUGCAUAUCUCAGACCCUGAUUAGAUAUGCUACGCCAUAUGUGCAAUCAUUUAAAACAGUACAGGGAAAAUCUGCAACAGAUAUACUAACAGAUGAAGGUGGUAUCGUUGGAGGGGUUGCAUAUUUGAGUUGGCUUUUCACUGUGAUCGACCAGCUUUGGUAAGCUACGCGCGGUUAGUUAUGAAAAUGUAUACAUGUGCGCUAUGUUGUUUGCUUGACCGAUUUCAUUAUAUUUGUACAUAUCAGGACAAUUAUGUUUACUAUACUUCUAGCAGGA